CAUUAAAUGGUUAUAUUUCCUCAAUAAAAUCAAUUAAUACCUACCUACAUACCAUGGAAUUAUAAAGCGAAUUGGAUAAUACCUCAAUAAUAAAAAGUUGGUUUAUAAUGAAAUAACGAUACGCAAAUAACUAACGCCUUACCUUACCUAUCAUAAAAUCAACGAAAAACCUUGGCACCACAGUAUGAGAUUUCUAGUUUCUGCAUUUUUUACACUCUUUGUAAUGUGCUUCAGCUACACCGGCACAGGAACAAACACAUACGAUUCUGAUGAUAUCACGAACAGAAGUGCCUCUAUAUUGAACCACAUACUAAUGUACCACGACCUUUUAUCAUACCGAGCGAUCCCAGACGACACCACUAUACAAAACUUUACCCAGAUGUCUGCGAGCCACGGGUACCCUUCCGAAGAACAUACCGUGCAGACGGCAGACGGGUACAUCCUGAAGCUGUUCCGUUUGAAGACCAGCGCGCGAUGCUCUGGGCCUGUCCGCCCGCUGCCGCUGUUGCUACAGCACGGUAUACUAGACAGCUGUGAUACCUUCAUAAUAUCCGGGGCGGAUGAAGCCAUGGCGUAUCUCUUCUCGGAUGAGUGCCACGACGUGUGGUGCUCCAACACUCGCGGCAACCACUACUCCAACAGACACGUCUCGCUCAGCCCGUGUCGGAGCGAGGAGUACUGGAACUUCAGUUUCCACGAGCAGGGGCUAUACGACCUGCCAGCGGUCGUCGACUACGUGCUCGGCGUGACGCAAGCAAGCGCCAUUAACUACGUGUCGCAUUCGCAGGGGUCCACCAACUUCUUCGUGCUGUGUUCAACGCGGCCGGAGUACAACGCCAAGUUCAACGUGGUGGUUUGCAUGGCACCGGUGGCUUGGUUAACGCAUCUUUACAGCCCGCUGCUCAAGAUGUUCAUCUCGAGUUCCGGGUUCUUUGAGGAUAGGUUCCGAGCGCUGGGCGUGUGGGAGCUGUUCGGGUGCAAGCGCAGUGCGGAGGAGGCUCUAAGACGCGCUUGCCGCAUGUUCCCGGAAGUGUGUGUGUUCUGUAUGUUCGUGUUCUCCGGGACGGAUCCUGGGAAGAUGCCGCUGCAUAUACUUUCAGCUGUAUUCGCGCACUACCCGAGUGGGACGUCUAUUCACAACAUUUUCCACACGCUGCAGCAUAUAACGAUAGACAGGUUCCAGCAGUUUGACUUCGGGUCUUCAGAGAGGAACCUUGUGGCUUACGGGGAGUCUUUACCGCCGCAGUAUGAGGUGCGACUUGUCACAGCCCGAGUGGCCCUCAUGUGUGGCGCGAGCGACUGGCUCGUCUCACUCCAGGACGUGGGGAGGCUGAGGGACACGUUGCCGAAUGUGAUAGACUUCUACAUGAUGCCGGACGAGCGCUGGGGCCACAGCAGCUUCGUGUGGGGACGCGGCGUCAAGGAGAUACUUGUGCCGAAGCUACUUCGAUAUUUCCAAUAAUAUUGGUAAUGGUAGCUUCAGAGAAUAAUAGGUAAUUAACUAGUAGUAGCGUUAAGUUUAGGAAUAAUAAAGAUAAAGUGAGUUUAGGUAGGUGUAAAUAAAAUACGUGUCAACGAUCGAUACACAUGCGUUUAUUUUCACUUUU